AGAUUUAGGUGAGGGAGUAUAGUCCAAAAUAUCUAAGGCAUUCUGGAGUUCAACCAUGACAAAUGAAAUUGUAUUUAAUUCAAAGGUUCUAUAUCAAAAAUUAAGGUGCUCUAAAGUCCCAAGAAUAGGGAAGUAAAUGUUUCAUGUUAAUCUGAAACACAUCUCUUUAUAGUCUCUGCGAAAGUAAAGCAGUGUAUUUCUAUAUUUUUUAAAAGAUUAAAUAAUACCCGUGAAUGUGCUAAGUAGUGUAAGGUAUUAUUUACAGCAAUAAAAACUAUUAUAAGUUAAGAAUCAUUGUGAGAUUCUCCCCUGGAUCUUGUCUAUUUGUUCAUGCUUCGAAUAAUUAUGGAGCACGGACGGACUCCUUCACUGUGUAACUCUUACUUGUUUGAUUAAGAGCAUAUAAGAAAUAAGCAUAUAGCUUAUCAACAAUUGAGUAAGAAAAAAGUAUAUUUUCAAAAAUAUUUCCUGGUGAAUAACACUGAAGCUUAUUGCAAGAUUACCAAAAGAAAUGCAUGACAAGAAGUAUAUAAUGAUGUGAACAUAUUGAUCAUGGGAUGGGAGAAUCAGACCUUCAACUCUGACUUCAUCCUCCUGGGAAUCUUCAAUCACAGCCCCACCCACACCUUCCUCUUCUUUCUGGUCCUGGGCAUCUUUUCAGUGGCCUUCAUGGGAAACUCUGCCAUGGUUCUCCUCAUCUACCUGGACACCCAGCUCCACACCCCCAUGUACUUCCUCAUCAGCCAACUGUCCCUCAUGGACCUCCUGCUCAUCUGCACCACUGUACCCAAGAUGGCCUUCAGCUACCUCUCUGGAAAGAAAUCUAUCUCUCUGGCAGGCUGUGGAACUCAGAUAUUUUUCUAUGUGUCCCUGCUUGGAGCUGAAUGUUUCCUUUUGGCUGCAAUGGCCUAUGAUCGGUAUGUUGCCAUUUGCCACCCAUUAAGAUACCCAGUCCUCAUGAGCCAAAAAAUCUGUGGUCUCCUGGCUGCUUCUUCUUGGAUUCUUGGCUCCCUUGAUGGCAUAAUUGAAGAUGCAGUUGCACUGUCCUUCUCCUACUGUGGUGCCCGGGAAAUACCGCAUUUUUUCUGUGACGUACCUGCCCUUCUUACCCUCUCGUGCAAUGACACCUUGAUGUUUGAAAGGAUGAUAUUCAUCUGCUGUAUCAUUAUGCUUCUCUUCCCUGUAGCAGUUAUUAUUGCUUCCUAUGCUCGAGUUAUUCUGGCUGUCAUUCACAUGGGCUCUGGGGAGGGUCGCCGCAAAGCUUUUGCUACCUGUUCCUCCCACCUCGUGGUGGUGGGAAUGUACUAUGGAGCAGCCAUGUUUAUAUACAUGCGACCCACAUCGGAGCGUUCACCCACCCAGGACAAGAUGGUGUCUGCAUUCUACACCAUUCUCACUCCCAUGCUGAAUCCCCUCAUCUACAGCCUCCGCAACAAAGAAGUGGCCAGAGGAUUCAUGAAGGUAUUUGGGAAGGGCAACUCUGAAGAGUGAAUUUCCUAUUAUAUUUUGCUUUUUUCUCAAGUGCUUGGCUUUAUGCUUAAAUUUAUGUAUUGAAUGAAAGUAACUCAGAACCUAAUAUGUACUCAUACACACACACACACACAUAUGUAUGUAGUAGCAUAAGAUUAAGAAAUUGCAUAAGUGUUUGCAUUCUUGUUCAUUCAAAUAUUUCAUAUUUUUGUUGUGAUUAGUUCAAUAUACACCUGUAAGUAUAAAUUUGUUCCAAUAGAAAAUGUACCUCCAUAUAUUUUGUCUUUUUAAUUCCAUCUAACAAAUGAGAGACAUUUGUCAAUCAUAGGACAUCAUUGUUUGACUGCAUAUAUUAAAUCUGGUGUCUUUUAACAUAUGUUAAAUUUAACCUUGAAAAAACAAAGAAUUCUACUAAGUUCAAUAUCAUACUUUGGAUUAAUCAUUGUUAGUAUGAAUCACAAAUUGUUUAUCUACCAACCUAAAAGUAUGCCUUUUCAUCAUUCAUGUGUAUGAUAGAAUUUCACCUUCUAAAUCAAGUUCUUCUAACCAGCCAGUACAAAAUACAUUCCCUCGUGAUUUUCUAUCCCCUCGCCCUGCCUUUAUUUUUAUUCACUAUCGUUAUUAAUACCCGGUUUUAUCUUAUGUGUUUAUCAGUUUAUUGCCUUUAGUUAUCUCUAGAAUAUAAGCUGGAUGAAGGGAGAGUCUUUGAUUCACCACAGCAAGCCUAGAAUAACAGCUGUCACAUAACCAGUGUUGAAUAAAUAUUUUUGAAUGCAUAAAUAAAAGAAGCAUUUAGCAUUUGGA